UUCCCUAUUUCACCACCCCCACCCCCACCCCCUCCGUAGAUUAUCUGUUACAUGUGAUUUGAUUUGCUCUAUACUCCCAUGGGUGAGGAAGUGAAAAUUGAUGAUGGUAUUGCCGACUGGGAGGCUGGCCUUCCCUCCCCCGACGAUCUCACGCCGUUGUCUCAGUCUUUGAUUCCGGUCGAAUUGGCCUCCGCGUUCAAAAUCUCGCCGGAGCCGGCUCGGACCGUGCUCGACGUCAAUCGCGCCUCACAGACCACACUCUCUUCCCUCCGCGGCGCUGCCGCUCAGUCCUCCGCCGCCGUCGCCUCCAAUUUCAAGCCGUUUAGUAGUCACGUGGAUGAUCACGUGAUGGUUGAGGCGGAACCCGAAGAAGGAUCCGACCCGAAGAAGAGUCGUAGGAUGGACCCCGCCGAUGAUCCGGCGAUGGAUGGUUGUAUGGACGACCAGUCAACGGCGGCUGCGAAGACUCUGAAGAGGCCGCGGCUUGUGUGGACCCCGCAGCUGCACAAGCGUUUCGUGGAUGUGGUGGCGCAUUUAGGGUUGAAGAACGCUGUGCCUAAGACGAUUAUGCAGUUGAUGAAUGUUGAAGGGUUGACUAGGGAGAACGUUGCGAGCCAUUUGCAGAAGUAUAGGCUAUAUGUUAAGAGGAUGCAGGGUUUAUCCAACGAGGGCCCCUCGCCGUCGGAUCAUUUGUUUGCUUCGACACCGGUACCGCAACAGAGCUUUAACGAGUCAUCCAGCGGUGCCCCCAGCCACGGGAAUGGAAUUGCUAGUGGAAGUCAUAAUACUGCUGGUAAUGGAAGUAGUGCGAAUAAUCAUGUCGGAAUGCCAAUUCCAAUGCCAUAUCCUCCACCUCCUCAGAUUAUGCCAAUGCAGAUGAUGGGAAUGGCUGCACAUGGACAUGGAUUUCAUGGGUAUGAAGCAGCUCACUCACAUCAUAACCAUCACUAUCAGCAGCAGUAUAGUAGUAUGGUGCAGCAACAAAGGGACUGGACUGGGAAUAAGUAUAGUGGUUAUCCACAUCAUGUGACUCAGAAUAAUAAUAAGUGUUAGUCGGAGCGAUGCUGUGAGUGGAAAUAAAGACCAUGAAGAGAUGCCCUGAUUAGUAUGUGUGAUUUUCUCGCAUAUAUUUAGAUGCUGCGAAGCUUCAAUAUGAUUCAAGUGCAGAUAUCCUUGAUUCUGUGAGAUGAUUGUGGACUUUGGAGUAAAUCAUGGCAUUUGGUCCUGUAACAGUAAAUUGGCAGAUAAUCUAUGAAUUAUCCGCAACAAGACUCAGCAUGAGUUGCCAAGGUACUCUGAAGUUGAAGGUCACUGUCAAAUUAGUCUUGCCUUCCUGCUGCGAGUUGUUAGUAGUUGACCUGCUAGUGUAUUUGUUGAUUAAUGUUUAUGCUUCUGAACAUGAAUGACUGUACUGAGUUUUGUUUACUACAAAACAAGUUUCUAUAAUAGAAUGAUAUGCAAAAAUAUUUCUGCAGUUAGUCCUUGCACUUUAGUCAAUCAAGUCA